CAGUUUUGGCAGUUGGGUCUGCCGUUGAAGGAAGCGAGGUGGUUUCACUGCGCAGGCGCGAAUGCUUCGUUCGUUUCUCGCCUUGUGAGGAAACCGCAAAGCAGCGAGCGAGCGAGCGACCUUCUGCCGCUGCCUGAGGACUCGGAGGGGUACAUCAGAUUGGCUGCUGGGAACACUUUGAAAUGUUGUCUGCAAUGAAAUUAAUGUUAACACUCUUUCUUUCUGGAAUUGUAGCCUGUUAUGGUGGAAAUGCUAACUACAAUUCAAUACUCCUGGUGUCUUUUGAUGGUUUCAGGGCUGACUAUCUGAAAAACUAUAGACUUCCUCAUCUCCAGGAGUUUAUUGAGGAUGGUGUGUUGGUAGAACAUGUUACAAAUGCUUUUAUUACAAAAACUUUCCCAAACCAUUACAGCAUAGUGACAGGCUUAUAUGAAGAAAGCCAUGGCAUUGUGGCUAACGCAAUGUAUGAAGAAGAUACAAAGAAGAAGUUUUCAGAGCUUAAUGAUACAGAUCCUUUCUGGUGGAAUGAGGCGACUCCUAUUUGGGUGACAAAUCAGCAGCAAGAGAAUAGAAGAAGUGCUGCUGCAAUGUGGCCUGGUACUGAUGUAAAAAUUAACAACACAAUACCUCACUUUUUUAUGAAGUAUAAUCAUUCAGUAACAUUUGAAGAGAGAAUGGAGAACAUUACUAUGUGGCUGAACAACUCUAGCCCACCAGUUACUUUUGCUACACUCUAUUGGGAAGAACCAGAUGCAAGUGGGCAUAAAUAUGGACCAGGAGAUAAAGAAAACAUGAGAAAAGUGUUAGAACAAGUGGAUAAUCACAUUGGUUCACUUACUUAUAAACUCAAGGCAUUGGGAUUGUGGGAGAACAUUAAUGUCAUAAUUACAAGUGAUCAUGGAAUGACCCAGUGUUUCCCACACAAGCUGAUUAAACUGGAUGACUGCAUUGGCCGUGGUAACUACACUCUAGUAGACACAACACCAGUUGCUGCAAUACUGCCAAAAAACAACAAAAAGUAUGUAUAUAACUUACUGAAAAACUGCAACACUUCCAUGAAGGUGUAUCUUAAAGAAGAGAUUCCAGACAGGUUUCAUUACCAUCACAAUAAGCGCAUUCAACCCAUAAUUCUGGUUGCAGAUGAGGGCUGGACAAUUGUACAAAAUGGGUCACUUACAAAAUGUAAGUAUUUUCAUCCUUCAUGCUCCUGGUGGCUUAUAUUGUUGAACUUUUAUUUCUAUUGUUAGGAUCCUAAGGUACAAUCAGUGAUCAAAGAGUCCCAUGCACAUUACAAAAACUCAUAAGCAUUGGGUUACACAAAAUGACAGGCAAAUAGGAAGGGUUUCGGAGUACAGAGUUAUACCACCACUAGGUUUGUAUGAAUAUAUCUGCAAUGACAAUGGUCACAGUAGCCACAAGUUAUUGAUAGAGAAUUUAGACCAAUAUUUUGAAAAUCAGAUGUAGUGAAAGGAAAGUGUCUAUGUUCUGUAUAUUUGGGUAACCAAAAAAGGGAAAAUAUAAGCUUGCUGCUGCAGAAAAACCAGUUCUGUCUUGUCUUAAGUCAUAAGUAGUACAUUUCAUGAUAAUUCUUAGUGCUCUGGAACUUCGCCACCGCCAUCUAUCUCCUUGAUGAAUCUGACUGUAACAAGUGGUUGUCUAUGAACAAUAACUUUUAACAUUGGUGAUCUGCACUGCCAUCACAUUCCCAGUUUCAUCCAUAUUGUUGCAUAGGAUAUAAAGCUGUCCUGUGUUCCUUUCAUAUUGGAGGUAACAGUAUAUUAUCAAUGGAAGGCAAGAAUCUCUUCUAGAGGGGAACCCAAGAGCUCUGAGCUGACUCAGUGUAGGAAAGAGGGUGUCCGGCUCACCAGACAGCCAAAAACUGUGCACUUAACUAUAAUAGAUAUGA